GGCUGAGAACGACGACUCUCUCCACUGCGACCCGCCGCAACACCUCCCACCCACAACGAUGAAGAGCUGCGCUUUCGCCCUGUCGCUGGUGUGCCUGGUGGUUGCUGCUGCCGCCUACACCACCAAGUACGACAACAUCGACCUGGACGACAUCCUGCACAACGACCGCCUGCUCAAAAAGUACCACGAGUGUUUGUUGUCGGACGCCGACACGUCCUGCACGGCUGACGGCAAAGAGCUCAAGGCCGCCAUUCCUGAUGCGCUGACCAACGAGUGCGCCAAGUGUAACGAGAAGCAGAAGGCUGGCGCCGAGAAGGUGAUCAGGUUCCUCAUCAAGGAGAAGCCCGACCUGUGGACGCCGCUGGAGAACAAGUACGACCCCACCGGCACCUACAGGCAGAAGUAUGGCGAGGAACUGAAGAAGGUCUCCGCUUGAACUCCAGGGCACCUUUCGGGCUGUACUGUGAUAGCUCCAAAACAUUUAAAUUAUGUAAAUUGUUGUUAUGCGGAUAAACCCGCCUAAUGUUUUUAAAUAAAACACGUUAGUCAAAA